UAAACGUUUGACGAGAAAGUGACAACAUGAAUUGAAGAGCAACCAUAUUUACUAGUAAAGCUAUAAUUAUGUGUGUACAGAGAAAGAACUAAAUUAUCAAGUGUUUUAAAUUUCUUUUCAAUAUCCCUUUCUACAGAUCGAUAUACUGGCGACAUAGAAUCAAAAAAUUCGUAUCACAAGUAACGAAAUUAACAAGCUGCCUCAUAGUAGAUCUUAAACGCUUUUGUUUAUCGAAUUAGGUAAACAACAACUGAAAAAACUGGAUGAUUUGAGCGUACCUACCACGAUCGCCAUUACUAUGGGCAUUAUUAAAUUAACGGUGCAAAGUGUGUGACUGUGUCAAUGAGUAAUUCGUGUAGGAGUAUCCCAUCUUAAAGGUUUGCUAAUUUAUUUGUAAAAAGAACAUCAUUUUCUUUCAAUUUUGGCGGGAGUCCUGGCACGUUGUAUCGCGGUUGUCGAAUGGUGACGAUCUGUCACCUGUCGCCCCCUGGCCUCGUCGACGCCGAUAUAAGUUCAUGUUUCAGUGGUUCUCAGUAAAAUUAGCAGUGCAAUAGUGAAAUUCCUGGUGCGCAAUCCAUGUGGACAUUCGACGAUGCGUCGCGAUUAGGCGGGUCGGAUAUGGAUAGUAGGCGAGCGUGCCCAAGCUACGAAGCCGGGUUAGACGUAUGUGAUCCCUUGGGGUCGGUGCUGGAUUGGUCUGGUCGGGAGCCAGCGCGCAUACUGCGUCGUCGCUGUCGCAGCGAAGGCGUAGACCGCUCGCCGUACGAGGAUGUGAGUCGCGAGGCGAACCGCUCCGCGGAUGGUAACUGUCGAUAUCACCGUGCCCUGCCCAACAAGAGCCAUUUCACGCUGAAUACCAGCGAGCCGCAUUACACGGCCGCGCGGUUUCGCCACGAGUGCCUGCUGCCCGCCGCCGAGAACGGCGACUACGUCAUGGCCCACGAGCAGGACAGGUACCAUGGUUACCAGCCAGGAAGAUCAAAAUUAUACCGGAAAAGCCCAACUAGACCUUUAUUAGUUACAACAUUAUCCAAUACUAAAGUGGAUGACCGUUUGCCAAAAGUUGAGGAACUACUAGAGAAAGUUGAUCAUGAGAUGAUGGAGGUGCAAGCAACAAAACAGCCUUUGAAAUCAAUACUCAAUAACCCCUUACCAAGUUCACCUCUGCAUGGAAUACUCAAAAAGCCCAAGAACAAACCACACCUGGACCCUAAAGCUGCCUUAGAGGGCCGCAGAAGACAGCGAGCAGCCAGCGAGUCUGACAACUUAUACUGCAACUAUAGUUUUGGUUCUCCAGUACCGGGAUAUGAUAACCGUCUGAACUACUUAUCGGCGACAACAAAACGUGCCAAAGACAACUCAGGCAUUGGCUACUCCUACGGUUCAGCAGUCGCCAGCCUCGGGAACACAGCUUGUAAGAGCCCCACCAGAACUUCUUCCACUGCCAGCUCCAAGUCGAGGCAACGGAAGGAUAUACUCGUGAUAAAGGACAAUAAUGACCAUGAUAUGCAUUUGUUGAGGACGACAGCUAUCAAUGAGACUGUACAUGUUGAGCCUAUGAUGGAUUUGGGUUCUUGCCAAUUGGACAUUUCGAGUCGGUGCGGCUCCGGGACGACAACGGCGCGCUUGUCGUCCGGGCCCCGGACGUGUCGUGUCAAUAGCGCGCCCGCUGGACAUGUCGAACCGACCCGAAACGGCCAAAUUCCUCGCCAAGACACGCUCACACCCACAUGCCCAGCGGUGAGUCCGGCCCUCCCAGUCAGUUCGGGUACCACGAUACCCGUACCCAAGAAAGCUGUGAAGAUCAAGAAGAAAAUCAAAGUUACCACCAAGACAAAAGCCAAGAUGAAGUCGGGGAGCCAGACUGAUUGCUGUGGCGUUGAGUUGGAGACUGAGGAUGCUCACAGCAGAUCACCGUCGCCAGAUGCCUUAACAGACUACUGGCAAAUGGAAACGGAUGCAGCAUUAGCCGAAAUGGAGAAACAGGAAAAGCCGGCCCUCCCCUCCACCUUGUCUAAGAAAGAGGAGGAAAACCACGUGCUGGUCACGAAACUGACCACCAAACUCAAUGGGACGGCCGUUACUGCUGCUAAGAAAAUCCCUUUGAAAGAGAAAGUAUCGAAGGAGCAAAUGUUUCUGACAGCUUUGCAUACAACCAACCCGUUCAAAUCCAUGCCGACACGCAAAGAUUCACCAAUUCACCUCCCGGAAUCAGUAACGAACUGUCUCCGGCCGUCCCUCUUCCCUCGCGUGCCUCCGUACCUCAAGUUCAUAGGACACGACGAGAGCCCCUGUCUAAAAAUACCUCUGCCCAUACAGAAGCAUCUCAAGUGGAAACUGACUGCCAUCACCCCGAUUGUUGUGAAGAAAACCCUGACUAACUCUGGAUUUCGGCUGGUUAAGAGCGAGUGUGAUACGGCUGAGUGUCCUCAGGAAGAUCCCUUUUAUCUAAUUACAGAAACAAUAGAAUGGAUUGGCAUAUGGGGCAAGCAUAUGAAAUCAAUAAUGUUCAGAGCGAUCAAGGACGGACAGAAAAUGAACCAUUUCCCGGGCACGUUUCAAAUCGGUAGGAAAGACCGGUUAUGGAGGAAUUUACAGAAAUUGGUAUCGAAAUACGGUAUCAAUGAGUUUGGUAUAAUGCCGAAGACGUAUGUUUUGCCUCAUGAUCUGAAGCUGCUGAAACACGACUGGGAGAAGUAUGCAGCUAAUAAUGAACGGUGGAUUAUUAAACCGCCAGCCUCAGCCCGCGGCACAGGCAUAAAGGUAGUCUCGAAAUGGACGCAGAUACCCAAGAAGCGGCCGGUGGUUGUUCAACGGUAUGUGUCCAAGCCGUACCUUAUAAACGGCAACAAGUUCGAUCUCAGGCUGUAUGUGCUCGUCACGUCGGUACACCCGCUCAGGAUAUAUCUGUAUAAGGAUGGAUUGGCCAGAUUUGCUUCAGUGAAGUACAACGAUGAGUUAGCAUUUUUGAACGAUAGGUAUAUGCACUUGACAAACUACUCAAUCAAUAGAUUGUCGAAGAAUUACACGCCCAAUGAAGACUUCGCAGCUUGCGAGGGACAUAAAUGGACGCUACAAACUCUAUUACAAUACCUGAAAUCAGAGAAGCGCGUGGACAUAGACAGCCUAUGGGAGGCCAUGAAGGACCUUGUCAUUAAGACUAUCAUCUCCGGCGAGGCCAGCAUCAGUUCGUUAACUAAAGCGAAUAUAACUUCCCGGUAUAACUGUUACGAGUUGUUCGGAAUAGAUGUUCUGUUGGAUGAAGAUCUUAAGCCUUGGUUGUUGGAGGUGAACAUCUCCCCGAGCCUGCACAGCGCGUCGCCGCUGGACAUCCACGUGAAGGGCCCGCUGGUGGCCACCGUGCUCAACAUCGCGCAGUUCCAGGUGCCGCUCAAGACCAACCUCGACAUGCUCAGCAAGGAGAAGCCGCAGAAACUCUUUCAGGUGCCAGGCCACACUGAUAUGGACUCGCUUGUCAAGCAGAAUCCUAAGAAACUGGCCGGGUUGCCAUACGACAGUCGGUUAUACACUGUGUACCUGUCUAAAGAAGAAAGGGAUAAACAUAUCAUUUAUACUAAUAUGGAAGAACGGGAUAUGUAUCUUCGCGACAUCCUCUCAACAUUGACGCCCGACGAUGUCCGUCACCUCAUACAAUCGGAGGACGAGUUGACGCAGUCGGGUGACAUGGAACGCAUAUUCCCGACGCCUGAGACACACAAGUACCUCGGGUUUCUAGCGGGGCCCCGGUAUUAUAAUCGCCUGUUCGAUGCCUGGGAGUCGCGGUAUGGAAAGAAUAGGGACCCUGGCCUGGAGCUGCUGCGCAACCUGUGCGACAUCGGCUACCACCUGGAGGUGCCGCCCGUGCCGCUCAAGCAGCUGAGCGCGUUGGAUGGUUGCAGAAUGACGUGGACGCGCCGUCGCCGGCCGCGUCGGAGCGCGCGUCCGUGCCGUCCGUGGCGUCGCUGGAGCACGGCGCCUCCGCCUGCAGCCUGGCGCCCGCCUGCAGCCCCGCGCCCGCGCCCGCGCUCGAGCCCCGCGCCUAGCGCCGCCGCGCCGCGCUGCUGAUCGUGUGCUCCGGCCCGCGCUAGCUCCGCGACUCGAACCUUGUCGUCCUAUAGUUGCCGUUAUAGAGUGUGACCGAUGUGUUUCGACAACUUUGAUGCUGUCGCUUUGUGUAGAUGAGUUGGUGCUCGACCGUUUGUCGUAGUGAAGAUUAUAUUUAAUGUUCGACGGACGCGCGACGACCAUCUGGAGUCGGCCGGGGGCCGGCGGUCCGCUCAGAGUUGUCGACCGAUAUGUGUUAGUUCUCCAGUCUUUGUCGUCGUAUUCUUGACUCGAUAUUACUCAAAUCACAUUCCUGCUCAUGACCUUUUCACUAAUUAUGGUAUAUACCUAAUUUAAAAAAAAAGUUGCAAGUUACUAAAUCUGAAAAAUAUAGAAAAACUUGUUGUAAAAUUUUGGACAGCAGUGAUAAAAAUAUCAGUGUUCAAAAUUACAAGCCCGUGAACUGUAGGCAUUUAUAGUUGGCUAAUAUUUACGUAAUUAUAGUUUUAAGAAUGAAGUCUGCGUAAGACGGGCUCAAUUUGAAUGUCUACAUUAGUGGGUGAAAAGGAUAGCGGAGAAAAUUUUAAGUAUUUAUAAGAAAAUGUAGCCUUAUCUACCUAUUUGUUUUAGGAUGAUUGAAAUAAAAUUUCUGAUAUGCUUAUUCAGUACAAAUUGUAAUGUUGCAUGCAAUAAAUGGGGCGGUAAAUAUCACGAAUAACAUUUAUUCGUAUCGCCAAGCUUACUUCUGAAUAUUGGGGUUUUACGUGAUAACCAAAGCAUUCAGAAACUAUAUUUUAGUCAGUAUUCCGAGACUGAUAGAAAUCUUUAGUGUUAAUUCAUAUUUUAAUUUUGUUUUAAUGAUCUAUUUAACUUUGUACGUUCUAUCAGUCUUACAGCUGUGUACGCCCAGGUAAACUUUGUAAAACAUAUUGAUUUAAAAAUUGAAUUGUAUAAAAUUAAACAAAAAAUAAAUUCUCAAGGCUUGAAUGGUCUGCUUGAUCAGUUUAUCCUGCGUGUAUAUAGCCGAUCAUCACGAACGUUCCUCCUAAGAUUAACGUAAAUAACGUUAAUGGAGAAUUCUUUAAGUAAUGUAGGUAAUUCCCUAUUUACAAUGUGUUCAUUGUAUACCUAGAGUUUGCUAGUUUAGCGCGUAAAAGCUCGUACCGUCUUCGAGUCGUGUUCAAAGUAAUAAAGAAUCGAUGAAAUUUGAUGUAUAUAAUCUUUUAUUGUAAUCGAUUUGUGAGUAGUCACGAUUAUAUUUCCAUUCCUUUUUAAGAAAAGUUUAUAUAACAUUAUUCCCAUUGACGAUUAUGAAACGUAACCAGUGUAUUUUUUUGACUUCAUAAAUUAGUUGUUUCUUUACAAAUACAAGUUAUUGUAAUUACUAAAUUAUUUUCAGUGUAACAAUAAAUCGGUUGACACUU